UCCGCGCUCGUGGGUCGCGCCGGAUGAGACGGGGUUUGGGCAGUUGGCUCUUUAGGCGGCGCUUCCUGGGGGCGAGGGCGCCAUGGCGCUGCUCUGGUUGCAGCGCUUCGAGCUUCUGCUCUUUGCUGCUACUUUCCUGUGCGGAGCCGUGGCGGCCGUGGCGCUGACCCGGACCCAGGGCUCCUUCAGGGGCAGCUGUCCCCUGUAUGGUGUGGCCACCCUGAAUGACUCCUCCUUGGCCCUGUCCCGACCCUCGGCCCCAUCCCUCUGCUACUUUGUGGCUGGGGCUUCUGGCCUACUGGCCCUCUACUGUCUCCUGCUUCUGCUCUUCUGGGUCUACUGCAGCUGCAUCGAGAACUCCCAAAGAGGCCGUACGGGGCUCUGCAUUGUAUUGGCCAUCUCAGCUGUAGCCAUCUUCCUGGUUUUAGUGUCUGCCUGUAUCCUCCGAUUUGGCACCAGUUCCCUCUGCAAAUCCAUCGUCUCCCUGAACAUAACUAGCUGCUCUGAUGCUCAGAGAACUCCAUGGAUACCCCCUGGAACCGCUCUGCAGUUUUACUCCAACCUACACAAUGCUGAAACCUCCUCUUGGGUGAAUCUGGUAUUGUGGUGUAUGAUCUUGGUGCUCCAAGUCGUGCAGCGGAAGUCUGAAGCCACCCCAAACUGGCCUCUGGAGAGAGGUGACCCUGAGUGGAGGUCUGAGACAGACGUUCUUGUUGGGCCCCGCCUUUCCCAUUCCUGAAGACUACCCAAAGUAUUUCCUGCAGCCAAAGACUCCAUGCCCAAGUGCCUGCAAAAAUCCUCUUGCCCCCACAUGGCCCUGUUUAUGCCAGGAGCCUUAGUUUUCCCUCUAGGAGGGAAGCAGGAUGAGAGGCACUCUCUUCCUCUAGCUGUUUUUGUACCAAAAUAUUAUAUUAUUUUCUUCCUUCA